GUCAGAUCGUGUUAUUAAGGUUAUGCUAAUGUUUUAAAAACAAGCGUGUUUAAGAAAAAAUAUUAGACAUUAUUAUUCAUAUACAUCAGAAUUAUUUCAUUUAGUAAAGCAAACGUAAUUAUGUGCGUAUUUAAAAAUUGUGAUGGAUUCGAAAUACAACUUUUCCACUAAACCUAUUCUCAAAAGAAAGCCGGAACCCAUUGUUUUUAAUAUAAAGAAUGACAACUCAAAGAAAAUCAAAUUCGAAGACAAAUCUAAUUCAUUACUUAAUAAACAUGGUUCGAAUGAAAGGAGAGGUAAAUUAUCAUUGCAGGAACAAAAACGACGUUUACCAAUUUUUGACAAAAGAAACCAAUUACUCAAUCUCAUCACAAGGUACAAUACUCUUGUAAUAAUUGGUGAAACAGGAUGUGGGAAGACAACGCAAAUACCUCAGUAUAUCUUCUCAGCAAGACUACAGGGAAAUGGCAAAAUUGCUGUCACUCAACCACGAAGAGUGGCUGCUAUUAGUAUUGCUUUGCGAGUGGCUCAAGAAAUGGCAAAUGGGUCAGUUGGAGAUACAGUAGGAUAUUCAGUGAGAUUUGAAGAUGUUACCUCAAAAAAGACAAAAAUAAAAUUUCUUACAGAUGGUAUGCUUCUAAGAGAAGCUAUUUCUGACAAUCUUUUAAUGAACUAUACAGUUAUAAUUCUGGAUGAAGCUCAUGAAAGGACCAUUCACACAGAUGUUUUAUUUGGAAUUGUAAAACAAGCCCAAAAGUUAAGAAAUGAUAAACAAGUUAUGCCCCUCAAAGUUUUAAUAAUGUCAGCUACCAUGGAUGUUGAUCACUUUAGCCAGUAUUUUAAUCACUGUAAAGCUGUAUACAUUGAAGGGAGAACUUACCCUGUAAAUAUUUAUCACUCAAUCAAACCGCAGGAUGAUUAUCAGACAGCCUGUGUUGCCACCUUUUUCAAAAUACAUAAACAAGCACCUCCAAAUCAUGAUGUACUAAUAUUUUUAACUGGUCAAGAUGAAAUUGAAGCUGUUUGUUAUCAUAUUCGUACCCUUUUGCGCGAGCCUGACGUGGAAGGACCGCCGGCAAGAGUAUUUCCACUUUAUGCAGCUCAAAGUAGUGCACAGCAAAUGCAAGUGUUUCAGUCGGUUCCUAUAAAUACCAGAAAAGUAAUUGUCAGCACUAACGUGGCAGAAACUAGCGUUACUAUAACCGGAGUAAAAUAUGUAAUCGACAGUGGAAUGGUUAAAGUCAGAUCCUACAAUCCUGCAACAGGUUUUGAAGUCUUGAAAGUAAAUAGGAUAUCUCAAGAGCAAGCCUGGCAAAGAUCCGGUAGAUCAGGUAGAGAAUCUGAAGGUUUUUGUUACCGAUUAUACACCAAAAAUCAGUUCGACUCGAUGUGUUUAAGUACUGUUCCCGAAAUUCAAAGAGUCAACUUGGCAAACGUAGCUCUUCAGCUUCUUGCGCUCGGCAUUCAUAUUUUAAACUUCGAUUUCAUGGAUAAGCCAUCUCCAGAAUCGAUAACUUCUGCAUUUGAACAACUUAAACAACUACAAGCGGUUGAGGAAAUUUUCUCUAAACGUCUUACGCCAUUAGGAUCGAAAAUGGCCCAAUUUCCUUUGGAUCCCCGUUUUAGUAAAAUCUUGAUUUCCUCGCAAGAAUAUGGAUGUGUUGAAGAAGCUUUGACCAUAAUAGCAAUGCUUAGUGGCGAAUCUAUUUUGUUCAAUCCUCCAAGUAAAAGAGAAGAGGCGCAAAUGAUGAGACAACGAUUUUCGUCAGCCUAUGGAGAUUUGAUUAUGCUAUUGAACGUGUUUAGAGAGUUCAAUAAAAUUGGGCAAAGCAAUAUUCGAUCUUGGUGCCAAGAACAUUAUAUAAAUUUGCGUAAUAUAGUUUACGCUAAACAAAUUAGGUUGCAGUUGCAAGAACUGUGCGAAUGGUGCCAUAUUCCCAUAUCUUCUUGUGAAGGAAAGCUAGAUCAGAUAAGGAAAUGUAUGCUUACUGGACUAUUUAUGAAUGUUGCCGAAUUACAUAGAGACAGGCAAUAUAUUAUGUUGUCAAACAAACAAGUGGUAAAUAUUCACCCCAGUUCAGUAUUGCAUGGUCAACAGCCUGCCUGUGUUAUUUUUACUGAAGUGAUACAGACCAGUAAGUGUUACUUAAGAAACUUACUUACAAUUGAAAAAGAUUGGCUGAAUGAAAUUGUGCCUGGUUAUGCUAAGUGUUAAUUAUUUAUUACUUUAUAAUAUUUCAU